AUGGCAUACGCCUGGCUUGCCAUCUCCUUACUGCAAGGUGCUGCCUCAACCUCGCUGCGGGCCGGCGAGGCCCCCCGGCUCUACGAGGCGGAGGCCUCCUUGCUGAAGCCAUCGUCAUGGUCCAUUUAUGCACCAGCACCUCUGCCGCCGCGCUUCCUCAUCAUUUCUAGUCCGGAGGAGCGGAUCGUCAGCUAUGCUCAGGUCUCCGAUGACUACACGGCGGUCAAGGGCCUUGUCAAGCCCCUUCUGCAGGAUGUUAGCAUCCCUAAGGGCCUCGCCUACGACGCGCAGCACAGCCGCCUCUUCGUAGCAGAUCCGGGGGCUCGUAGGAUUCGCGCCUGGAAGCUUUUCCUGGAGCGCUGCCUCACCCCAGAGGAGAAGGCAGGCAUGCUGGGUGCCGCUGUCACCGACCCUUUCACCACAGAUGCGGCGGAGGGGCCUACCGCGUGCGACCUCCCUUGGACUCUGCGCGCCGGCCAUGAGGUCACAGUGGUCAGUGACGUGAGCAGCGAAUGGGUUUCGGUGGACAAAGACGGCAACUUGUACUACUCCGACCAAAACAAGAAGUCGGUGAACAAAAUUGACGCUACACUUCUGCUGAACCUGAUCCAUGGCGAGAUCCAGCCCGCUGAGCUGAAGCACCGCCCCGCUGGCCGGGCCUUUGCGGAAUCAUUGCGCCAGGAGGGCAAGGAGGCGAUGGAGGUGAAGGCGGGCCUUGCUGAUGCGGGCGAGGCGCUCACAGACUCGGUGAAGGGCGCCGCUGGGAUGUUGGGCAGCGCGAGUGCAACUGCCAUUUCGGCAGUGCUGCCGACUGUGUCAGAUGACUCCAUCUUAGAGCUGUUCCAGGCUGCGGACAGUCCUCAUGUGGCAACGCCCGGCGGCAUAGCAUCUGACACUGUGCAGGUCUACUGGGCGAACCAGGACCAUGGCUUUGAGAAGGGCUCCAUUGGAACGGGCUUCGCAGCUCCGAGCCUCAGUGCGGAAGGCCCAAAGACUGGCAAGCUGACCAAUCAGACAGAGCACUCCUUUGGCCUCGCUGUUACUCGCAAUGCUGUGAUCUUCAGCGAUGGCGGAGCGGUCUAUGGGGUGUCCAAGUUCGGGGGCGGUGCAGCCACGCCGCUGAACGGAAACUUCAUCAUCUCCCGGGGGUUGGUUUGGGACGGCUCUGGCAGCAUCUUUGUGGCCGACGAGGGCGCCAGCGCGGUUUACGCGAUGCCGUGCAGCAUCCUUGCGGAGAACCAGCCAAUUCAGCAGGUGCUUCAGCUGCACGGCGCUUUCGGCCUGGCUUUGGUGCAGCCCACUGACCCAUUGGUGACGUCGACCAUGCAGCUGAAGAGCUCUGCCUGGCACGGAUCGAUCUGGGUUGGACUCCUCGCUGCCGUGCUAGCGCUGUGA